AUGGCUAACAGCAAAUUCGCAUACGUUAAACAGUUCGAGGAAGAAAAACGAAUCCUAUUGAACUGCUACUUCAUUGUAAGAAUAGAUGGAAGUGAUUUUAAGAAAUUCACAAAGACACAUGUAUACACAAAACCAAAUGACAUUAGAGGAUUAAAUCUAAUGAACUCAUGUGCAAAGAAAGUGAUGAAUAAAUUUGAUGAAAUAGAUUUAGCAUAUGGACACUCAGAUGAAUAUAGUUUCCUAUUCAGGAAAAAAGCAAAAAUAUGGAAUAGGAGAUAUGAUAAAAUAUUAACAAACGUUGUAUCUUAUUUUACAUCGUCUUUUAUUUAUCAAUGGAAAUUCUUCUUCUCUGAACAGGAAUUAGUUUAUCCACCAUGUUUUGAUGCAAGAAUUAUUAUAUUCCCCACAGAAAAAGAAACGAAGGAUUAUUUUUCCUGGAGACAAGUAGAUUGUCAUAUUAACACUCAAUAUAAUGAGUGCUUUUGGAAUCUUAUUCAAAAAGCUAAUUACUCGAAAGACGAAGCAUAUAAAUUUUUAUUAACAACUCAAAAAAAGGAAAAAAAUGAGCUGCUUUUCUCGCGAUUUGGAAUUAACUACAACGAUUUGCCAGAAAUUUUCAGGCGUGGGUCCAUCAUAAUUAGGAACAGUGCUGCUAAUACCACCAGGGCUGAAGUUAACACCGACAUUGCUAUAGACUGCGUGGAAAAACAGAAACAGGGAAGAGGAGAUGAAGACUUAAAGGCACCCAUCGUGGAGGAAAAACGAGAUGAUGCUUUCACAAUGUAUACCCCAACGAAACAAACAAAAGAAAGCAUGACAAAAUUAAUCCUCUCACACGAAAAUCUCGUGUGUGAUCGUUUUUGGAACAAGUACGGAUUUGUGUUUGACAAGUGA